UUAGCCGUGCGUUUGAAGCGAAUAACAUCCAAGGUGACCGCCGAAUAGCCGUAGUAGGUGCAUACUUAACCGGAAUGGCGGCUAUGUGGUGGGAAACCAGGAGGAAUACUAGGCCACAUAUUGACAGUUGGGAAGACGAUUUUCAUCCUGUUACCAGGGAAACAGUUGAUCAAUACGCAUCGGAUAUAGUAGCUUUAUUUAGACGGGUUACCGUGGGAGGUAACCAGUAUCCUGAAGCAAUGAAGGCCCAAAUCUUCGUACAAGGACUACGACCCGACCUGGCGCUCGCGGUAGGAUUAUUCAUGCCGGGGACCUUACAAGCGGCAAUAGAAAGAGCCAAAGUUAGUGAACUGACGCUUGCCAGGAAUAUGACGGCACAUAAUCCAACCCCAUUUGUGAAUCCCGUGGCCUCUUACCUCCAACAAUCAACCA